GUGCCAAGGGCUCGGAGGAUUGACUCCCCGCUGCAGACUCGGGCUGUGGAUAAAAGCGAGCAAAAUGCCCCAGCAGAGCUCACAGACAUAGUCAUGUUGGGCUGGAACGAGGAAGUGCAGUGGAGAGGGGAGGGACUCCGGGCGCAGCUCCAUGGGGCCGCGGCGCUGCGACCUUCUGCACAUGGAGCCGGGGAGAGUUGGAAGAACUUCAUACUGCAAACUCAAGGAAUAGCAGAGUACUUGCACCGCAUGGAGACGGAGGAGGCGCAGGAAAUGGCCCAGAUGCCAGGCAGAGACAGCCCCCCCACCAACGAAGCGUCCGAGGAGGCAGAGGAGCCCAUGGCCGUCCCUGAGGACCUGUCAGCCGGCUCCACACACCAGCUGAACAGGGGGGACAAAGCCUGCAACAUUAAAGUUGAGGCUCGCAGUGAUGAGGAGAAUGGGCUGUCCUGUGACAUGAAUGGCGUGGAGGAGGAUGAGGAGUGCGCGGAAGACUUGCGCGUGAUCGAUGCCUCGGGGGCCAAGGUGAACGGCUCUCUGCCGAGCCCCGAAGCCACGGCCUUCUCCUCGGCCGGUGGUAUCCGGCUGCCCAACGGGAAGCUCAAGUGCGAUAUCUGUGGGAUAGUUUGCAUUGGGCCCAAUGUGUUGAUGGUGCACAAGCGGAGCCACACCGGAGAGCGUCCGUUCCAGUGCAGCCAGUGCGGGGCCUCUUUCACCCAGAAGGGUAACCUGCUGCGUCACAUCAAGCUGCACUCAGGGGAGAAACCCUUCAAGUGUCACAUGUGCAGCUACGCCUGCCGCAGGAGGGACGCCCUCAGCGGACAUCUACGCACCCACUCUGUUGGAAAACCCCACAAGUGUGCUUACUGUGGGCGGAGCUAUAAGCAGCGGAGCUCUCUGGAAGAGCACAAGGAGAGGUGUCACAACUACCUGCAGUGCAUGGGGCUGCAGAACAGCAUCUACACAGUAGUAAAGGAAGAAAGCAACCAGAAUGAGCAGAGGGAAGACUUAAGCCAGAUGGGAUCUGACAGAGCCUUGGUGCUAGACAGACUAACGAAUAAUGUAGCUAAGCGUAAGAGCACUAUGCCACAGAAGUUUGUUGGGGACAAGCGUCUGUCGGACCUCUCCUACGACGGGGGUUCAGGCGAGCUGAUCCAGCCCCAUGUCAUCGACCAGGCCAUCAACAGCGCCAUCAGCUACCUGGGGGCCGAGUCGCUGCGGCCCCUGGUGCAGACCUCCCCUGCCUCCUCGUCCGAUGUGGGCCUUGGCUCCCUGUACCCUCUCCACAAGCCGGGGGCCGAGGACCACGUGGGGGCCGGUCACAACCUGUCAGCCAAAGACAGCGCCGCCGAGAACUUGCUGCUCCUCUCCAAAUCCAAAUCAGCGUCCAGCGAGAAGGACGGCUCGCCCAGCCACAGCCAGGACUCCACGGACACCGAGAGCAACAACGAGGACCGCCCGGGGGGGGCCGCCUCGGGCCUCAUCUACCUCACCAACCACAUCACCUCGGGGGGGAGGAACGGCAUGCUGGUGAAGGAUGAGAUGCAGAGGCAGUACGAGGCCAUCAGGGCCGCCAGCAUGGAGAUGGCCUCCGAGGGCUUCAAGGUGGUGACGUCAGACGGGGAGCAGGUGAGGGCCCACCGCUGCGAACACUGCCGCGUGCUCUUCCUGGACCACGUCAUGUACACCAUCCACAUGGGCUGCCACGGCUUCAGAGACCCCUUCGAGUGCAACCUGUGUGGCCACCGCAGCCAAGACCGAUAUGAGUUCUCCUCACACAUCACGCGAGGGGAGCACCGCUACUGAACACAUCCACAGACAAACAGCUGUACACUGGAAAAACUGAAAUGUUGACUAUUAUGAGAACAUAUUACACAUGGUCCAAUUAGUAGCAAUAACAUUGCGUUUAAAUAGGUUCAAUUUAAGAUUAUUGCUUUCAUUUAACCUAAUGCAAUUAUCUGUAAUUCGUUGAUAUAAUACGUUUAACUAAAGUCAAUGUUGCAGUUUUUUCAGUGCACGCAGAUCUGAAAUACAAAAUGUAAAAUACACUGUUGAGUUCUGAAAGGUGUUUUAUACAAAGUAUGCAUGUUUGUUGAACACAGAUAAAUGUAAGAAUAUAAGAUGUUUUUUUCCCUUUCCGUGUUCAAAAGGAAUUUCUUGUCGUUUUUUUUAAAGAAACAAAAUAAUGUUCAGUGAAGGCAACACAGCGGGCACACAUCCUGCAUAGGUUUUUAAAUGAUGUAUUUUCAGUCGCCACAUGUAUAUUAUGUAUAAAUGUGUCUUUUCUUUAAAAACAGCAAGACAGCAACAUUAUUUCAGUACAACUCUGUUUACUGAAGUGGUCUGCAGUUUUAAAUCCAGAAAAAAUGUUUUAAAUUAAAACAGGUGUAAAAAUGAACCAAUACAAAACCAUCAUUGUAUAUAUCCCCACAUUACAUUUCAAAGUCUCAACCUGUUCCUGUAUUGUAACAACCUGCAUAUUAUUUAUAUCACAUUUACACACCUGUCUGUUUUUGUAUUUAUUGCAGUGAUCAGUGUUUGUCUGUAGAGUAGUUAAGAAAAGCUGCAUCUCUUUCUGUCCAACUGUACUUAAUGUGACUGAGGUGAAAACAUGACCGCUGCUGGAAUUUAUUUGGACUUUUAUCCGAAGAAAAUGUUACCCUGUUUUGUUUUGUAUAUGAUGGCUAAGAAAUGUUUCACUCACAAUAUGUAAAUGAGUCAUUUGAGGUUUGAAGGAGCUUUAUGCUUGCAAAAUAUCAAUAAAGGAUAUUUUAUAUAUGCA